AUGAACUUCUCCGAGGUGUUCAAGCUCUCCGGCCUGCUCUGCAAGUUCUCCCCGGACGGCAAGUACCUGGCUUCUUGCGUCCAGUACCGCUUAGUGGUCCGGGAUGUGCACACCCUCCAGAUCCUUCACCUGUACACGUGCCUGGACCAGAUCCAGCACAUCGAGUGGUCGGCGGACUCCCUCUUCAUCCUGUGCGCCAUGUACAAGCGGGGACAGGUUCAGGUGUGGUCCCUGGAGCAGCCGGAGUGGCACUGCAGGAUCGACGAGGGCUCGGCCGGGCUGGUGGCCUCCUGCUGGAGCCCCGACGGCCGCCACAUCCUCAACACAACCGAGUUCCACGACCCUCCGUGGCUGAGGGGCCACCUUAUGCCCCACGGCACGGGCAGCGGCAUCCCUACCCCCACCCGCUGGCUAUGGCGCCCACCCUCGGCGCACCUGGAACAAGGGACGCUGCCCUCAGAGACCACCAAGGGCCCGCGGAGGGAGCUGGCACCCCACACGGAUGACGCCACGCAGGCGUCCCUCGAAGGCCACGCUGCGAAGCUGGACGCCACGCCCCACCCCGGCUUCCACACGGGCACGGUUCGGCUGAAAGCCUGCACACAGGGCUGGGUUCGGCCCACCAGGGUCAGCUCCUGCUCGGCGCACACGUGCGGCCUGGGACAGAGGACAGAUGAUGAGAUCGCCUCCGUGCCAGUCUCCUUGCAGACCCUGAAGCCUGUUGCCGACAGAGCGAACCCGAAAAUCGGCAUCGGAGCGCUGGCCUUCAGCCCGGACAGCUACUUCCUGGCGACGAGAAGCGACAGUGUCCCGAACGCCGUCUGGAUCUGGGACAUUCAGAAGCUGAGGCUCUUCGUGGUGCUGGAGCAGCUGUCCCCCGUGCGCUCCUUCCAGUGGGACCCGCAGCAGCCCCGGCUGGCCAUCUGCACGGGAGGCGGCAAGGUGUACCUGUGGUCGCCAGCGGGCUGCGUGUCCGUGCAGGUGCCUGGGGAAGGUGACUUUCAGGUGCUUUCUCUGUGCUGGCAUUUAAACGGGGACUCACUGGCCCUCCUCAGUAAGGACCACUUCUGCCUGUGUUUCCUGGAAACCAAGGACAGGGUUGGCACGGCCUUUGGACGGCCAGGUGACCACACGUAG